GGAAGUGGUUCUUGUGUGUGAAACACGUUUUCCUCCCGUAGCAGCAUGUUGAUCAGAGGUGGUUCUGAGAGCAGAUGUCUGUAGAGAUGGUGGAACUGUUGGUGAAGGCAGCGGAGCCGCUGCGACCGGCCGGGGUUUUACAGCAGAACCGGGUCUUCCUCGACUUCUUCUGGGAUUUAGCUAAACCGGAUCAGGAGGUCCGACUGAAGGCCGUGGAGAACCUGAUCCAGUACCUUACAACAGAAAACAAGGCCGAUGAACUGGAUUACACGUUUAAACGUCUGGUGGACGGACUGUCCCACACCCGGGAGACAGCCAGGCCUGGGUUCAGCCUGGCUCUGGGACAGGUCUUGAGUGCCUUUAAGGACGUCUCCCUGCAGAGUAUACUGAACAGAAUCAAAGAGAAACACAACUUACAGGCUGUGAAGAAGAAACUUGCCAGAAAUGCGAUGUUCGGAAACUUGUUUGGCGUCCUCGCUCUUCAUCAGUCUGGACGUCUCGCUGAAGAGCCACAGGUGGUGUUGGGAUGUGUGACGCUCCUCCAGAGUCUGACUCAGCACAAGCAGCACCUGAAGGACCUGCCCAGUAAAACCAUGGUGGACAUCCUCACUGAGAUCCCAGAGGAGGUGUUCGAGGAGGUCCUGCUGGGCGCCCUGCAGACUGACCUGGCGUCAGCCUUCAACACUCCCGAGCAGCUGCAGCUGCUGUUGGUGGCGCUGCAGCGCUUCCCUCAAACUCUCAAGCCGAAGAAACUCAAGAAGCUGCUGGGCUCCUCCACCAUCAUUAACGCUGACAACAUUCCAAAAUUGAUAGAGGUGUUAAAGAUGGCAGCUCACUCUGUGAAGAAGGAGUUAACUCUACCAGCCGUUGCUCUGGACCUCCUGAAGCUCUCUCUGAAGGAGGACAGCUUCCAGCUCUUCUGGAACAAAGCCAUCACAGAGGGAAUGUUCAGGGAGCCGUUCGGAGUGACUCAUUAUCUGAGCUUCCGCCUGCUGGGAAGCGCCCUCCCUCUGCUGUCGUUGUCCCAGCUGAAGACGGUCUUAUCUGGAGAAGUGAUGAUGCACUACGGAGAACACGUUCUUGCAUCUCAGAAACCGGGCCGCUUCAAGCUGGCCCCGGAGAUGGACACCUACGUGUUGGACUUCCUGCAGGCCUGUCAGGACUCAGACAAGCAGCUGGCGGUCAUGGUGGGCUUCUCCUCGCUGACCCACUUGGGUUUGCCUGUGGUGUUGCCAGUGUGGAAGGUGGUGCAGCAUCUUCAGCCUGCAGCCUUGCAGGGCUACGUGGAGUGGCUUAAAGGAAUGUUUCUUCAGCCUCGGAUGGAAGAGCUGCUGGACUUCAGCACCCGCAAGCAGAAGGGCAAGCAGGAGGGUGGAGAGCAGAAGGACAGCGCCGUUUUCCACCUGAGGAGGUGGAUUGUUUCUCGACUUGCCUCCAUCAUCGACAACAGUCAGGUGAAGAAGCAGGAGGAUCUCAUCAUGGACGUGGCCAGGUUUGUCUUUUUCCACGCCUUCUUCGGCACCCAGAAGGCCUCCUCUGACAUCGCAGAGACUAGUUCAAAGCCGUCCAUCCCGCUUGACGAGAAAACCAGAGGAGUGCUCGUCAGUUCUUUUUUUGGACUCCUCAUGUCGCUGCACCACAUGCCACCUAGCGACGACGGCACGGCCGUCAAUCAGAGACGGGUGCUCGGCGUAACAGCUGAUGGCACCAUGUGGAUUUACCGCUUGGUUCAGUAUGCCCAGCUCCUUCUAAACCAUCCAAAACACGUUCACAGAGUCCAUCCGUUCAGUCCUGAGCAGAGACAGGCCUGGGACAGCAUGCUGGAGUCGGUGGAGAACUUGAGGAAAAAAGGCACAACAGCAGAGAGCGGCGCAUUCCAGCAGCUGUUCCUGCUGGUCGGGAUGCAUCUGUUCAAGGCCCCCGACGAGCUCCUGGACAUCAUGAAGGACUUACAGAAUUGUGUGGAUAAAGCUCAGGAGAAAAAAACCAAGAAGAAGAAAAAGAAAGAAGGGGAGACGGAUGAGCCAGAGUGGGUGGAGGUGAUGGUGGACAUCUUGUUGUCCCUUUUGUCCCAACAGAACCGACUCAUCAGGCAGGUCUGCAAAACGGUCUUCGCCUCCAUCUGCCCCCACGUCACGGCGGCAGCCCUCACCGCCAUCUUGGACGUGUUGGACCCCGAUAAGGAGGACGAGGAGGACAGUGCUGUAGUCGUCACUGACGAUGCAGACAAAACACCGAAGAGGAAACUUGAGGAGGACGAGGAUGAGGAGAUGGAGGGCGACAGCGAGGCUGGAUCGGAUGAAGACUCUGAUGGAGAUGAAGCAGUGGAGGAGGAGGUGGACCAAAGUUUUCGUUUGGAGCUGAUGAAGGUUCUCCAGCAGCAGAACGCUCUGGCCACUGAGGAGGACGCAAGCAGCGAUGAAGAUUUAGACGACGAUGCUAUGAUGAAGCUGGACCAGAGCCUGUCAACGCUGUUCUCAGAGCAGAAGAAGAAGAUUCAGGCCAAGAAAGAUGAGAAGACCAAACUGCAGAAGGAGAAGACACUGGUCCGAGAUUUUAGGAUGAAGGUGUUGGACCUGGUGGAGGUGUUCGUAGCCCGGCAGGCUGGCAGCCCGCUCAUCAUCGGGUUGGUGGAGCCUCUGCUCAACAUGAUCGACAGAGGGAUGAGCUCCGGCAGCGAGCAGCAGGAGCAGGACUUCCUCCGGAGAGCAGCAGACAUCUUCAGGAACCAGUUGUGUCGAUCCAAAGUGUACUGCAGGACCGCCGCAGACAGACAGGGGGAGCUGCACGACUUGCUGGACAAACUGAUGAGUAAAUCUCUGAAGCUGAGCGACUCCUCCGUGUGUCUCUACUACUUCAGUGCGUCUCUUUAUUUGGUGAAAGUGCUGCGAGGAGCUCCACCUGCUGAGACCAAGGAGGCACGGAUAGCUGAUGGAGCAGCAGCUAACGACCCGAGGUUUAUGGGUAAUGUGGAUGUGGAUCGGGUCUCCAGCCUCUUCAGAGACGCUCUGGUCUCCUUCAUGAGUCGGAGGAAAAGCCCCCUGACCUCUCAGAUGUUCACCGACUUGUUCUGCAGAUUCCCCGUUUUAUGUGUGAAUCUGUUGGAUACAGCUGUGCAGCACAUCACAUCUGGAGUCCGGGAACAUCAGCAGGGUCAGGCGUGUGUGUUGGUGCUCAGAGCCAUGCAGAGCAGAGAUGUCCAGCAGAUUCUGAGCGGCGCAAAGUGGACAAAGCUCUGUGAGCAGGUGACGCUGCAGCUGGCUGCAAGUAUGGAGCAGGUCAGUGACAGCAAAGUGGCCAAAGAGAAGCUGGUUAGAACCCUGGAGCUGUGUCAGUUUCUGGUGAAACAUGUUCACUGGAAGAAACUCUCUGUGGAUCUGGAGCCUCUCCGAAAUGUCCUGCAGCCCCUGACCAACGUCGUCACCUUCAAAAAGACGGGAACACUGGAGGACACCUACUGGGCUGUGAUGAAACACUUUGGAGUGAUGAAGCCCAAAACCGAGAAGACAAAACCCGACAAGGAUGCUGAGCUGCAGGAAGAAGCUCCCAAUAAGAAAAAAGGUUUUCUGCCAGAAACAAAAAAGCGCAAAAAGCGCAACAAGCCUGUUCUGGAGCCGGCGGGGGACAAGUCAAGCUCCACAAACAAACCAGGGGAAGAGACGGGACAGGCCAAAAAGAAACGCAACAAGAAGCCUAAAAGGAAACGAGCUGCUGACGGCGCGGCGGCGCCUCCUUCACAGUCCAGCCCGGCGAAAAGGAGCAAAACACAAACCGACAGUAAAGCAGACAAGAAACAGAAGAAGAAACUGAAGCAGAAGAAAGGAGGAGGGCAGUGAAUGUAACAUGGACUAUUUAAAAUCUAUGAAUAUCAUUUUAAACACUUUUUUACUGUCUGUUCAGCUUUGACUGUAAGUUGGCUUAAAUAUGAGGAAUAACAAGAGAAGGUGGGUGUGAAUUUAGUGAAUAUUUGUGACUGUUGUUGGCCAGACGGCAACAAUAAACCAAAAUCUAAUCCUACAA